AUGAAAUUCGCAGAGCACUUGAGUGCGCAUAUUACACCAGAGUGGCGAAAACAAUACAUAAACUAUGAGGAGAUGAAAGCAAUGUUAUACACCGCAGUGGAAGAAGCGCCAUCAGCAGAAAAUGUUGAACCUGAAGUUCUCUCCAGACAUUUUGCCAACUUCGAUGAGACAUUCUUUCACUACUGUGAUCAGGAGCUCAAGAAAAUCAAUACUUUCUACUCAGAGAAAUUGGCGGAAGCUACGCGUAAAUUUGCAACGUUACAAAGCGAACUCAAGUCUCAAUUCAAUAUGAUGAAACCCAGAGGCGGCGGUGAUAGUAAAAAGGCGAUAUCGCGGCGGAAGGUUCAGGAGCUCAAGUUGGCCUUCAGUGAAUUUUACUUGAGCUUAAUAUUGCUGCAAAAUUACCAGAAUCUGAACUAUACCGGCUUUAGAAAGAUAUUGAAGAAGCACGACAAGUUAUUAAACGUUAGCAAUGGUGCACAAUGGCGGGCGGAACACGUCGAGACUUCGCACUUCUAUACGAACAAAGACAUCGAUAGAUUGAUAAGUGACACCGAGGCGACGGUCACCAACGAGUUGGAAGGUGGCGACAGACAGAAGGCGAUGAAGAAGCUCCGAGUCCCGCCACUGGGCGAGCAGCAGAGCCCGUGGACCACUUUCAAAGUGGGACUCUUCUCUGGAUCGUUUGUUGUGCUUUUUAUCACAGUUGUUUUGUCAGCUCUUUUUCAUGAUGGUGCAACAGAAAACUUCAAAACUGCCUUCCGGUUGUACCGAGGCCCCUUCCUUUUAGUAGAAUUCAUAUUUCUAAUAGGCAUAAAUGUAUACGGAUGGCGUUCUUCAGGAGUCAACCACGUUUUGAUAUUCGAAUUGGACCCCAGGAAUCAUUUAUCUGAACAAGACUUGAUGGAAUUAGCGGCUAUAUUUGGCGUUGUUUGGGCCUUGAGUAUACUGAGUUUUAUAUACAGUGCGAGUCUCAGCAUACCGCCCUUUGUGAACCCGUUGGCUUUAGUGAUAAUCAUGCUUGUGUUUCUCGUCAACCCUUUAAAAGUGUUCAGGCACGAAGCGAGAUUCUGGUUUCUGAGGAUAUGUGGUCGUAUUUUAGUAGCCCCUUUUAUGCCGGUGUUGUUUGCGGAUUUCUGGCUGGCGGAUCAAUGGAACUCGUUUGCGUCCGCGUUUUUGGACUUCCACUAUUUAGUCGCCUUCUAUGUAAUGGGCGGUGACUGGUAUAAUGUCAAUGACACAUUUGAAUCGAACAAAUGGUACAUAAUAACUCGCGCACUGGUAAACAUAGUCCCGGCGUGGACCCGAUUCUGGCAAUGCCUGCGCCGAUACAGGGACAGCCGGGAAGCCUUCCCGCAUUUGGUCAACGCCGGAAAAUAUUCCACCACCUUCUUUGCAGUGCUCUUUUCUACUCUUCGGAUUAUGUACAGCGUAAACUAUUCCGAUCCAUACGACAACCCGUUUCUAUACGCGUGGUUCGCAUGCCAAAUGAUAUCAUCUUUGUAUACGUACACGUGGGAUGUGAAAAUGGACUGGGGCCUGUUCAGUUGUGGACCGUCAGCGGAGAACAAAUUCUUAAGAGAGGAAAUCGUGUAUAGCCCCGGGUUUUACUACUUCGCGAUAGUGGAAGACUUUGUUUUACGUUUCAUAUGGAUGGGGUCGUUUGUAUUGACUGAGAAUAAACUAGUGGGCAGUGAAACUAUGGUGUCGAUACUGGCGCCGCUCGAAGUAUUCAGACGUUUCAUCUGGAACUUCUUCCGCCUUGAAAACGAGCACUUGAACAAUUGCGGUAAAUUCAGAGCUGUAAGAGACAUAUCCGUGGCCCCGUUGGACUCAUCCGACCAGGCCGACAUCAUACGUAUGAUGGAUCUCCCUGAUGGUGUUGUUAACAGGUUAACAAAGAAAAAGCACUUAAAAAAGACAAAAGAGAAUGACAGAAAACCUCUCCUGAAGAAGGAAUCAAUACAGGAUUUACAAUUAGAGUUAGGAUUGUCCUCCAAGAUGUUGUAA